AUGGUCGCUGCUACUGAAAAUGGCAAGAAAGUCGUUCGACAGGUCGAGUACUACUUCGGCGACCUGAAUCUCCAGCGAGAUACAUUUCUCAUGGACGAAAUGAAAAAGGACGAAGGCUGGAUUUCACUUGAUACCAUGAUGAAGUUCAAAAGGUUAGCCGAAAUCGUUGACAACAAGAAGGAAGGUGUCACCGCUGCUCUCGAAUCGAUCGGAACUGAUUUGAUCGAAGUUUCUGAAGAUAAAACCAAGAUCCGACGAGUCACCAGCAAACCCAUCCCAGUCUACGAUGAUAACUACAAACGACUUCAGAAAAAUCGAACCGCUGCUGUCAAGGGACUUGGUAAAGACGAGACUCUUGACAAGCUCCAGGAUUUCUUCGAGCCAUACGGAUCCGAAUCAAUCUAUAUGAUGAGAAAUAGAGAAACAAGCGAGUUCAAAGGAACUGCUUUUGUUACCUUCAAGACUCAGGAAGACAUGGACAAGUUCAUGGCUGAAGCUGAGACCAAAUACAAUGAUGUGGUCCUUGAGAAGCAGUCAAAGCAGAACUACUACGACAGCAAAAGUGGCAAAGAAAAGAAGCCCGAGAAGAAGGCUAGAGAAGAAGACACUGACGCGGUCAACCGAGUUAUCAAGUUUACUGGAGUCACCGACGAUACCGUCGGCCGUGAAGAGAUCAUUGAGGCACUCAAAGGCUCUGUUGACUUCACUUGCUUCGAGCGAGGCAAUACCGAAGGUAUCUGCCUCUUGAACCAGGGCGAGUCUGCCGCUACUAUUGUCGGUGCACUCGAGAAGAACCCAGUUAAAAUCCGAAGCGCCGAGGAAGUUAAAUUUGAAGCUCUUGAGGGCGAGGUCGCUGAAGGAGCAGUCAAGAAACUGAAGGACGAACGAGAGGCACUCUUUGCUCGAUUAAAGAGCCGUGGUGGUGGUAAAGGACGUGGUCGAGGACGUGGAGGCUUUGGCGGCCGCGGCGAGCGAAAGCCAAAGAACACGAAGACUACUUUCAACGAUGAUGAUGAGCCCGUCGCUAAGAAGGCCAAAGCUGAAGGAGAAUAA